ACUUGCGCUAUUUGCUAAUAUUUUUCUUCACGCCGAUUAGCCGGCGUGCACGGAAAUAAAUCCCAUUUCAUGGCCGCACCGUCUCACGAUUCUUGAAUGCGUUUUAUUUUUCUCUCUUUUUUUCUUCGAGAACGAGUGAAUUUAGGUUGAGUGCUUGCGCCAUCACCGCGAUGUUACCAUGUUACGCCGCACGCGUUCAAGAGGGGGGGUGUCUGUAGUCGCAUGAUUCAUAUAGACGAUGGUGUGUUGAUCUGUGGCUCAGGUGGACCUCUCCGUAACAGCUUUUAGACGGCACCAACAACACCGAUCAAAUGGACUGGCAUCGAAUCUAGAAGCGACACUUCAUCAUGAGGCCGAUCAUAGACCUCGACGAAUGUAUCCGGGACUCUCCGAAAUUUCGGGAGGCACUAGAGGAAAAUGAAGAGAGCAUCGAUCAACUAGAAAUUAAGCUUGAUAAAUUGGUAAAGCUGUGCACCAACAUGGUUGAGACUGGGAAAAGCCAUGUCACAGCGAAGAGUGCAUUUAUCAACGGCAUCUGGGAUUUGGUUGGUUAUUUCAAGGACGAUGCAUCCAUUGUGAGUUCUCUAAAUAGGUUUAUACAGAUUCUUACAGACGUGUUGAAAUAUCAGUCGAUACUCCUCGAGCAUGCACAGAAGUCUAUAGUGAAAAACCUGAGCCAUUUCAUCAAGGUGGACAUCCGCCAGAGCAAGGAGACGCGACGACACUUUGAGAAGAUCAGUGACGACCUGGACAAUGCGCUGUUCCGCAACUCGCAGGUGCAACGCACCAAGGCUUCGGAGUGUGAGGAUGCCCACAAUGUGCUGAUUGCCACUCGGUCCUGCUUUCAGCACUUGACACUUGAUUAUGUUCAUCAACUCAGCUGUUUGCAGUCUAAGAAGAGGCAUGAGGUGCUGCAAACUCUGUUAUCUCUCAUGGGUGCCUACAGUACAUACUUUCACCAAGGCUCGGACCUGUUUGAGGACUCUGAGCCCUUUCUAAAGCAGCUGGGAGCCACCCUUGACAAGCUCAGCAAGGAGUCUGCUGACCUUUCAAAGCAACUUGACUCAAGGCACACUCUUGUGACCUCAAAGGAUGUGAUCCCAGUAGUCCACAAGGACCCUUCGGCCAACAACGGCAUCAGCCUGGAAGGAUACCUGUUCAAGCGGACCUCCAAUGCCUUCAAGACCUGGAACAGGCGGUGGUUCAUCAUCCAGAAUGGUCAGCUAGUGUACCGCAAGCGCUCCAAGGACGAGCAGCGCACAAUCAUGGAAGAAGACUUGCGGCUGUGCACCGUGAAACCCGCACUGGAUUUUGAGCGACGGUUCUGCUUUGAGGUCCUCUCACCUUCAAAGACUCACAUGCUACAAGCUGAUUCUCAAGAGUCGUAUGACUGCUGGAUCACUGCUUUGCAGUCAGGAAUCUCACGCGCGUUAGACCAGCCUGCACGAGAUGACGAGGACGAGAAGCUUUCAAAGAAUGAAUGGAAAGCGUCCUCAGAUUCUUCAUUGUCAUCGACCUCAAGGCAGAGUGCAAACCCAGUACCAAAACCUCCAAGGGCUCACAUCCAGCUCACUGGCAUCCCUGGGAAUGAAAUGUGUUGCGACUGCCGUUCACCUGGACCUUGUUGGGCCAGCAUCAACCUGGGCAUCACUCUGUGCAUCGAAUGCUCUGGGAUACACAGGAGCAUGGGUGUGCACGUGUCCAAAGUGCGCUCCCUGACACUCGACACCUGGGAGCCAGAAAUACUCAAGGUGAUGGCUGAACUGGGCAACACAGUCAUCAACAGUGUCUACGAGGCUCGCGUGGAUGAAAACAUUGCUGUCAGGGCCACACCAGACUGCAGCAGGAGUGUCCGUGAGGCCUGGAUUAAGGCUAAGUACUUGCAGAAGGCAUUUGUGAAGCCACUUCUUGGGUCAGUGGCCUGCCUGUCCCCACCACGCGAUGCGUCACGUGCGUCACCAGCAGCAACACCGGUUCUGCGAAAAGCCACGCUGCCUCAGCGCUGGAGCGUUCGCAAAAUGCACCGUCGCAGAAGGACCAUUCAUGCCCAAGACCAGCGUCAAGUAGAUGCAGGUGACACUGCUCUUGGAGUCUCCCGGCGUCACAGCAGCGCUGUCGCAUUGCCGGCCGACAAGUCCCCUGUCAGCAUCGACGCCUUGUCUGUGAGCUCUGUAGGCUCAGAGACCCGCUUCAGCAUGGCCUCGCAGGAGAGUGGGGUGGUCAUGAAGGAGGGCACCUCUCUGCCCCCUUUGGACAGUGAAGGAAAGGCUGCGGUUGAGAUGUCCUCCAACCAGUCCGAGGACGAUGUGCUCGUCUUUGGGGAGUCCCUCGUCCAGGUCAUGCCACCACCUUCAGAGCUGGAGCUGGACAGCGCAGAUGAGUCGCCGACACAAGAUGAAGAGGACACAACCCAGGAAGAAGACAUGUCCAACCUGAGCCCCAGCUUGCUCCUGUACAGGGCAGCAGCUGCCCACAACUUGCCAGUGAUGUGUCUUGCCCUGGCGAAUGGAGCCGACCCGAACUGGCCCAAUCCGGAUGAAGGGGGUCGAUACCCUCUCCACCAGGCUAUACAGAGUGGCUCUAUCAUGGCCUGCGAGUUCCUCCUCCUGAAUGGUGCCAAAUCAAACAGUGCCGACGACAACGGCCGCACGUCCCUCCACAUCUCUACUCUGCUGGGGAACACAGGGCAAGUGUGCCUUUUGCUGAAGCAUGGGGCUGAUCAGCACUCUCAGGAUAAGGAUGGCGCAACAGCACUGAAGAUGGCUGUGGAUAACGCCAACCCCGAUAUCGUCACCAUGCUCAGGCUCGCCAAGCUCAAUGAGGAGAUUCGCCGUGAUGAGUUUGGCAACCCAGGUGACGACACCUUCAUCGACGUUGUCCGAGACUUCUCACACAUGGCCUCCAACAAUCCGGAGAAGCUGCGGCGCCAGCCAAGCAAGCACGCGGAGUGAGGAAACGCACCCAUAUUUGUUGUUGUUUAGGUGCAACUUUUCUUUUUAUUGUUGUUGUUUACUAAAAGGAAAAGACUGAUAUUUACCGUCUGUUAUCGCAGCCCGUCAAAACGUUUUGUCAAACUGCUCAAAAUAUGUGAAGCCUAACUGACUAGCAUGCGUUUUUCUAAAUUAUUUCUUUUUCUAACUUGUAUGUGAUGCUUGUCAGUAGUGGCGAAGACUACGAGGCCAAGUUUUGCGCGGCAGAACUUUAAUGCUCCAGCAAAUCAUGGCCUAAGCUGGUACAUAUAUAGCAAUUUCUUUUGUUUGAUUUUUCUCCUAUUGUUAUCUGUCCUCUAGACUGGACAGUCCUGUGAGCCCUGCCCAAGUUGGUAUCAAGUGUAAAUGAAUUGGCUUGCAAUGCUAUAGGUUAACCUUAUCCCAGUGCUGCUGCUUCUGUUAGCAACGGUUUCUUUAUUAUCGUUACUUUUUGAGUUGCUGCAACAGUGCUACUUUUGAAUCGAUACACAGACGCGUUCAUUAGGACGACCGAUUUGCCAAUUGAUCUAUGUAUAAACAGCUGUUAGCCCCAGGCUAUGUUCCCACUUAUUUACGAGACACAAUGGUCGUGUUGGACCAUGCAGUUUUUGUGUGUUUGUUGAGCAUGCCACUGUUGAAAACUGAUGCCGGGCAACUUGUAAGUUGGGAGAUUGCCCAAUGCGUUUCCAUGUUUGGCUAGUGAAUGAAGUGUUAUCUGCAUGCUUUUUCAGUGAAAAUACUGGGCACAAAAUGCUUUACUGCCACCAAACAGCUUGUGUAAUGUUUCGUGUUUGAUAGCAUUCGCAUUUGUUUUACUUUGUCCGUGGUGUAAAGCCAAAUGACAGGCUUUGUUGGAGCAGCACACACAGGUUGUGUGUGUAGUGUACUAGCUGUGUGCAUUGUCCGGAGUUGUAUUUACGAGCAUUGUUUCCUUGCCUAUGCUUAUGCAGUUUCUUUUACACAAAUGUGUUUCCUUUGCCUUCUCUUUUUUUUUUUUAAAGGCUUAAGAGCAUCAGGCCUGCACUGUGUCAGUUGACCUUUAUUUUUAUUAUUAUUGGUAUUAUUAACAUGAUAGUCAAGAUAAUUGUUGCAAGUCUUUCAGAGGCAUGUUCCUAGGGUGUGCAUUUAAACUGCACUAGAGAAAAUGUCUUUCUUUUUCUUUUUCUUAAAAAAAGUGAACAGACCCCUUUGUUUAGAACAGAGGUCAAGUAACACUUGCAUUGUUUGCACGAGGUGUCAGCUUUAUAACUACAAUCGCUAAUUGCUCAGCUAAUUAAUGCCACUAGCUUCAAAAGUUUGAUGUGCGUGCUUAAAGACUUGCUAUUUGAGAUUGUGGACAGAAUAGAUGUUUUCUUAUUUGGCCGAGGCCAAGGAAUCGUGUUUGCGCAGUGCAGUUGGAAUUGCAAGCUUUGGCUUAGAAAUAGGUGCCAGAGGACCGAAGAGACGUUCUAGUAUUCAUCAGAGCCGAAGGUUUGCAUAUGUGUGAAACGCAGUUGGCAUUGCAAGCUUUAGCUUUAGAAGUAGGUGCCACUGCGAACGCGUUUUUAUAGGUAUCAAAAACUCUGUAUCCUUAUGGUUGCCGAAUGUUUUCUUGCCUGUUUGUAGAUCGUUGUUCCAUGUAGAUAUUUAAAGUUUGUGAUCACUGUGGAACCAGUUAUACUCCUAAUUAUUACUUCAUACAGCUAUCAUUAAGGUAUAGCAGUUUGUAUACAGAUGCAUAAAGGCGUAUAGUACUUUGUGAGAAGUGUCUGAGAAAGAUUGUGGUUGUACUGUUUUUUGAGGAUGUAUUGCCAAUGUUUUUAUAAUGACGGUGGUGUAAAACAUGUUAUAAGAGCAUGUAACCAUAAUACAAGCUGUGUCAAAGUCUUAAAAUCCUUUUAACCCUUUCACUUCCAUAUUCUUUUGAGAAUAAUUUAAAAUUUACGAAACUCCUUAAGCUUGUUUUAUUUUGCAACAUAUCCUAAUUUGAAAAUAUGUGCUGUUUAUGUCUUACAUAGAAGAAAGGUGACUUUCCCUCAACAUGAGCACAGCUUUUGCAUUGCACUUGAUUUAUGAUCAUAUAUUUAACUUUAGGUUAAUUCAAACGAACUUUCUAGUUUUAUCUGGUGUGGUUUGUCAUCAUUGCAAUCUUGAAUCCACAUAAUUCAAACAAGGCCUUCAGUUCAAGCUUUCUAUAUAAAUAAGAUAGCUAAGAUCAUCUGUGAGAGGACAUUCACAAACCACGAGUAGUCAAAAACGUUUUACAUUUGGGAUGUGCAUGUUUACAGGCAAUGCUGUGAAACGCUGCCUCUAACUCACAAAUGCAACUACCGAUUCUCUAUUUCUACAUGACUGAGAAUGUACAUAAUUUCCCUGAUAACACAUAAUGAUGUUUUAAACUAGAAUAUAUUAACGGAAUUCACACAUACACCAUUGUUUCUAGGAGAUCGAAUUAAUAAGAGUCGAUUGUGAUUGUGUGCUCACAUGAUCACAUGCCUGAUCACAUCAUUAGAUGAGUGCGAGGCAUCAAAAUGCGUAUAACUAGGGAGUCUUGUAGUAAAUUUGCUCAGUGUAGUUCUUUUCCAACAAGCUAGGCCAUAGAACCUGUGGCCUAGACAAGUGGGACAAGUCAAAGGGUUAAAAGGGUUACAGCAUUGCAUACAAUGUGUGCCGUGGUCACCACCUCGCGACGAUGACUUGUCAUUUACCAGUUGUUUGGUUUUUUGUUUAAUGUGAGCGAUUACUUUAGUUUGUGUAACAUGACGACGUGCUGGAAAUACAAAAUGCUGCUCUUUUGCUUAAAGGGUGCUCCUGCGGUUAGAGACAUUCCCAAACAAUUCCUGCAGUGUCAGUAAAGAUGUCAUGAACUUGCAUAAUGUGACCGUGGCUUAUGGGAAGGAAUACUGACAGCAGCAGUCUACCACAAAUCUCUAAAUCAGCUCGCCGGCAUGGGAUGUGACUUCUUACUUUCUUUUUAAGCAAGUCCAGAUAUGCUUGCUACAUUAACUAAAGUAGACUCUCGAUAAUACAAACUUGGGUAAUAGUUUCACCAUUUGGUUUGUUGAAAAAAGAACUACUACUUACAAUUUUUGGUUGGCCCGCUCUAUUAUACACAAAUAGAAACCCUUAAUUUAUCAAAGUUGAACAAGGAUUUUGGCUUAUUCAAACAUUUCUGGCCUUUAAGGACAGAGUAAUGUCUCCUAGGAAACGCUCAUGAAUAGUCAACACAUGCCAACGUUUGAUAUUCAAGCAGCCUUAUAUGUUAACAGGCACCAGUCCUGUCAGACAUGUCUUUGGACAUGACUGGGUGUGCGUUCAGCUGCUCACAUGGUAAGCAAUAUUUCUGUUUUGGGACACAUUUUAGUUACGGUCUGAUAAUUAAUACGAAAAUUCAUGGGCCCUAUGAACUUGUAUUAACAAGAGUCUACUUACUAAUUUGUCGGAGUGGGAAUUUCGGGACAAGGGUCGGCAGCCACAGUCAGGAGAAUUAAUGUUGGGGGAAAAAGAAAAAGUAUGAUGAUCCAGGAUCUCAAAGGCUCCGUGUGACCGAGCACAGCCAAAGAAUUUGUCCACAGUGGCAAAGACAUUGCUGUGAUAACAUUUUAAAAAAAAAUGUGGGAACAAAUGUUUCUUUUAAUGUCACAAGUUUAUAUGAUUACAUGGAGACCGUAUAGAAAGCACCAUGUGCAUGAUGAUGUCAUUAGUGCUACUGAGAAAGUAAGUGUUUAAAAAAAGAAGUGUUUGGGGAAGCCGAAGUACAAUAAAGGCAUUUUAAAUGACAUGA